GCAGCGCUGAUGUUAGAAGUUGAGACGUUCUUAACGCGGACGCUCCCCAAGAUUUCAUUACAUUCAACUGUCCUCGCUGCACCAGCUUCAACCUGACUGUGCUCAAAUCAGUUCACCUGCGAGAAGAGAGAAGACGUUCAGGUCUCUUUAUACCACAGAAGAGCGAUGGAUUCUUGGAGAAUCGCUGCUUUGCUCCUCGCUUGCUGCCUCACGACGGCAACCUCUAUUCAGUUCGAUACGGAGUGUUAUACUGCAAAUGGAGAGGACUACAGAGGCCGACAGAACCAGACAAGUCUUCAAGGGGGAAGGCCAUGUCUUUUCUGGAAUGAGACUUUCCAACAUCCCUACAAUACCAUCAAAUACCCCAAUGGAGAAGGAGGCCUUGGACCACAUAACUUUUGCAGGAACCCAGAUGGAGAUGUUCGACCAUGGUGUUACAUUGCAGAUCUUGAGGAUGGAAUCUACUGGAAGUACUGUGACAUUCCGACCUGUCAAAUGCCUGGUAACCUGGGCUGCUUUAAAGACAGCGGUGAUCCGACUCCUCUAUCCGGAGGCUACCAGACCUCCAACAAACUCACCAUUCAAAACUGCAUCAGCUUCUGCCGUAACCAAAGAUACAAGCUUGCUGGCAUGGAGUCCGGCUACGCUUGUUUCUGUGGUAAUGACCUUAAUUACCGUCAUCAUGGUGAUGCUCCGAGCACAGAGUGUAACCAUGUGUGUUUUGGAGAUCACACCCAGCCCUGUGGAGGGGACGGACGUGUCAUAGUCUUUGACACAAAAGUGGGAGCUUGUGGAGGAAACUACACCUCGCCCUCUGCAGUGAUCUACUCUCCUGACUUCCCAGACAAAUAUAAACCUGGCAGGGUCUGCUACUGGACCAUUCAGGUUCCAGGGGCAUCUGUCAUUCUGUUUAACUUUACUUUUUACAAUAUUGUGGAUCAGACUGAUAUGGUGGAACUUCUGGAUGGCUACUCUAAUCAGGUGAUGGCACGAUUUGAUGGGCGCAAUCCACCACGGGACAUUGUGAACGUCACUGUAGACUUCGUCAUUCUGUAUUUUUAUUCGGACAGGACGAACGAGGCACAGGGAUUUUCUCUUCUUUAUCAUGCUUUCAGAAAUCAAGGUGUCAGACCUGAUGAAGAGGAUGAUGACGAUGAUGGUGAUGAAGAGGACACCAGUACAGUGAGGCCUCAUACUGGAAGCACGACUGAAAAAUCAAACAGCAGUCAGAGUGGGAAAUCCUCCCUGCUGUACUACGUAAUCACAUCAAGCCCUGCAAACAUGCCAGGUCAGUGGCAUGGACCGGGCCAGACGGCAGGCCACAGAACCAUGUGGACUAUCUAUGCGCUAGCUGCCCUGCUAAUGCUAACAGCAAUAGCCAUGGUAGCUAAGCUGCUACUGCACCUUACUGUAAAGUCCUCAUCCAUUCCAUCGAUCAGCAGUUCAGAAUCAUGUGUGCAGAGCACCACAUCUGAACCUUGGAUCAUCUUCUACAGACCUUCCACCAUCUCACUGUUUAAGAAGAAACUCAAGAACCACCAUGGGGACCUUAGCCCUCUCGUGGGAAUCUAACUUCAACUCUUCUUACCUCUACGGCUGCUUUAGCCCCCCUGUAAGGAAUGCACACACUGUACGUAAUGCUACUGGGCUACGGAAAGGGAGUAGAACCAUCCUUGAUCGACUUCAAAAGACCAGAGCAAAGCUCAGCCAACAGGGAUGAUUGGUUGUUGGUAAGGAACUUGGCCAGAAAGGUACAGAGAGACCUCAAUCCCACUGGCCAAAACGAAUUUACUUUUAAUUUGCAUCUCAACCAAUCACGGAUGAUGUGACAAGUGCACAAAUAAACCAAGUGAUAUGAUUAGCAAAAGAAAUGUCUGGUUUGUCUUGACAUUGUAGAGCAACAGACCAAAACAAACUCAUAAUGGAUGCCAAAAAAGGGCCCAACCGUUUCUCCAGGUGCUUUUGCAGAAGCGAUCAACCCCUGAUAAAUGUCUUCAGAAAGGGUGAGACUCCCCGUGGACCACACUGAAAGACAAAACCACUUGUAUAACCAAUAUAAUGCCACUCAUGUGCCCAACUAGCCCCUCUGGAAGAGAGAUACGAUUCAGUUUCUGUCGCUCUAAUGUAGAUCACCUCUUUUUGAGGAGCACAGAACUUCUUUCUCAUAAGAUAAAAGAGCUGUUUGAACCAGCAGAGGAUUGAUGACACAAUCAUGUAGAGGAGAAAGUGUUUCAGAUCUUUGAGGACUCAAAGUGAACAACAAAGUAGUCUCGAGAGAGUUGGAGAGUAGACGAAUGGAUUGCGAAGUACCAAAGCCUGCAAUUGCUACAAGUUGGGCAAUGUUCAAGACGAGUUCUAGUUAAGUAAUCCCUAUGGACCUCUCAUGCCAUCUUUUUUGGUCUGUGUUGGGUUUUGAUCUUUCUGUAAUGCCUUUAAGUGCCUUAAGGACUGAAAAAACUCUUCUAAGUGGCCACAAUGAUGUAAACAAGCAUUGAUCCUUCGGACCAUUGAAUUGAAAAUGAGAAGAAGCACUAAGAAAUUUUUUUCAGGGGAUUGUGGGUGUCGUUGGGGCAUAUUGUUCUUGUCAGGUUUUUGACUUGAGCAAAAGAAGCAUUGUGAUGAACAUUGUGUAAUUCUGUGUUGGAAUGAUCAAAGGUUAUUCCCUUUUCAUUUCACUCCCCAACGGAGGCAGUGGUGAAAUUCUUCCAAAACAAUUUGUUCUUUCUCCCCCUUCACCAUAACUUUUGCUUUCAGAUUCUGAAGCACUUUUCCAGUCAACCAAAAACCACGAGGAUCACUGCACUGCUUGCUAUGAGGACUGAGGAUGUUCCUACAAAGGAACACACAAUCGGUUAAGGGUCAUGAGUACAGCACUUGAACAGCCAUUAGUUACAGAUCAAGAUAUGAGUUGACACGAGGGGUGUCUUACAGUUUUGUGUUCAAUGCUCGAUGUUACACUUGAUGUGUCCUAACCAGUCAUGAUAUGACAACAAGCUUUUUGUUUAAUGAAAAAGAUUCUGUCAUCAUUUACUCAACCAUUUGUCAUUUCAAUCCCGUAUGAUUUACUAUCUUCCAUGGAACACAAAAUGAGAUGUUAGGCAGAAUCCCAGCCUCAGUCACCAUUCACUUUCAUUGCAUCUUUUUUUCUCAUGCAAUGAAAGUGAAUGGUGCCCGAGACUGGACAUUUAGCCUAACAGCUCCGUUCGAGUUUCAAUACAAGUUAAGCUCAAUUGACAGACAUUGUGGCAUAAUAUUGAUUAACACACAUAAACACAAAAAAACAAAAUAUGGAUUCGUACCUCAAGCAAAAAUUGUGGUUACAGUAAGGCACUUACAAUGGAAGUGAAUGGGACCAAUGUAUAAAUAUAAAAAAUACACAAUGUUUUAAAAGUAUAGCCACAAUACAUAAACGUUAUACAUGUUAACAUGAUUUUAGUGUGAUAAAAUCGCUGACUAUCCUUUUGUGAAAAGUUAUAUCCAAUAUUACAACUUGUUGCCAUGACAACAUAAUGCCGGUAACCCCUGUAAGCGGUUUUAUAACACUAAAACAUUUUUAACAUGUAUAAUGUUUAUGUAAAAUGUAUGUAAUAAUGUAACAUAAAUGCAUAAAUGUGUUUUUGUGGUGAUAUUUUUUUAAUAUUUUUUAAUAUUUAUGGAAUGGCCCCAUUCACUUCUAUUGCAAGUGCCUUACAGUAACUGCAAUUUUAGCUUGUAUUUAAAUAUACAAGGGACAAGUCUAAAUUGUUCCCGGUGGUUAUCUGCUAUACAAUACAAUAACUUGUAUUGAACCUGGAUCAUUCCUUUAGUGUGUAGUUAUGUGAUGCAACAUUUUGAACCAAUGAGAUUUUACUGUGGGUCGGACUUCCAAAACAGCGCCACAGAUUUAGAAGCCAAAUGAUUAGCACGCUGUCCUUGUCACUCAUUGCAAUUUUAAUCAUCUGAUGUUUUAUCGCAUCAAACCUGAUUUGGGCACAGUGAUACAGUUGUUUUAGCAAUAUUGUGAAGGCCCCUCAUUUCAACGUCCAUGUAUGUGAGUACAUUCAGUAUAUAGCCAAACACCCUGAAAAUGGGUGGUCAGCAAUACAUUAUUUGUGGGUGCCACAAUUACAGCACUUACCAACAAAACAAAUGAACAAAAUCACCAUAUGCACUUUUAUUUAUUCUAACAGAAGUACUUAUCUUGGGUCUUGUCUUGGGGGGGGGGGUAUUCGAGUGCAGGUCAAGUCUUGAGCCCUCCUCCAGGGACAGUGAGCCAAACAUGAUUACACUAUCCUCAUGGCAGGAUUACAUUAAUUUGCGAACUACUGAAAUACUGUAUAACUAUAGACCUGUAAUUGAGCAAGCUGCCCACCCAGUGUUUCAAGGUUCUUCCUCAAUUCAAGUGUAUUUGGCUGACCCGAUGCUGUAUUUUUGCCAUAUUUUCAUUUGCACACUGUCCUAAUUAUUGCAUACUUCAUACCCUUAGCUCUGAAGUGCCCGGGGCUACCCAUGCAUGCUAUAGUAUCACCAGUCACAGACAGAAAGAGAUAAAGAGACCAUGGCUGUCAAAUCACAUAGAGACAAACUCAAAGUGACAGGUUAAUUCUAACAAGGUCUUAUUUGUCUGGAAAGACUGGUGAGUAAUGCAGAAUCCAGAUUUUCACUUAUAUAGCCUGAAUAGUACUUUUAGCAAUGGAAAAAGUGUCAUAUCCUUUUGUGGUUUAUCACAAUGUCAGUGCGCUUUCCUUCCGAGUAACCAAGAUGGGAAUCCCUAUAAUUUUGGGAAAGGGUGCUUCCAGGGAUUAUAAAAAAGAUGUUGUUUUCAUGGAAUUGUAAAUAAAAUAGUGAGAAUUUUAAUUUAUACCAUAAAUUAUUAUUUUGGAUGUAAAUGGAACAUAAUCUAUCUUUUGUAUAAAGACCUUUGUAGUUUUUAUUUAAUGUGUUCUGUGUGCAAAAAUAAUAAAU